AUGUUCGGUCCAUCGUCCCCAACCUCUCGUCACUUACGGCGCCGCCAGCAGAACUACUCCUGGGACCAUGGCUACCUAUACCAAUCCGAACUCACGCCUAUCCCUUCUUACGAAGACCUCUCCAUCCCCACUGCCAUGCACUCCCCAGUCGACCUCCCCUCCAGGGUUAGUGCUCUAAACCGCCGCGCGGCCAUCGUCUCUGCAAAUCUAUCCCAUCUUACCACCGUCGUCAAACCACUUGAGACGAUUAAACCCGAUGACCUGAGCGAAAGCCAUCUUACUGACAUAUGGGAGGAAGGUGUGUGCUUGGGCAAAGCGAUGGAGGACUUCAAAGAGCAAAUGGAGGAAGUGAGCUUGAUACUGGAAGAGUUGCUGAUUGGUCGGAAGAAGGCCAUGAAGGUCUUGGGUGGGGUUGGCAUGGGUCUAGAGAGUAGUAGAAGUAUGUCGAGGGGCUUCAGCAGAAGAAGGGGGUUGGGAUUCUGA